CUGUUUGAAGCGGGAACGGGAGCUCAAAGCCAAGCACCAUUGAUGGCGGGAACUGAUUCACGGAAGCAACUCCUAACCCUAAUUCGGGACUUCGCUGCUGAAAAAUCUCAAGGAGAACGGAGAGUGGAGAGCCUGAAGAAGCGAAUCCAGGAGCUUCAAUCUGAGAUGGAUAUAGCCAAUGCAGAGCUCGAAGAGUCAAAACGCUCCAAGGAAGCUGCUGAGCAAGAGCUCAAAGGCUACGAAGUUGAAUUGGCUAUGAACGAAGCUUCAAUUCAAACUCUAGAGGCAAGAAAUGCUGCGAUUCAAUAUGAGGUUUCGAUGGUUGGAUCUGAUUUGGGGAUUCUUAAGAAUGAAGAAGGAGCUUUACGAGACAACUUUAUUAAACAAAUGAUGGAGUUAAACACAAAAAUAAGGAGAUUUCAGGAGACAACUGCUUCUACUCUUCAUAAAGAGAGUUGCAUUGCAACUUCAUCAGAUAAUGGCAACAAACUUGUGAAUGAGCAAGAUGCUCAAGUUGCUUUAAGAACUCUUGAAGAUAAACUUGCCCAUAUAAUUUCUCAAACGAACAUGGAAGAACAAGAAUAUCAGGCAGAACAAAAUAUUCAUAAGCAGCUCCAGCAAGAGUUGAUUAAUAUUGAAAAGAAGGUGACUCUGAUGGAGGCAAUCAUGAAGGAAACAAAAGAAUUGCAGGAAUUAACCAGAUAUCCUUGUCUACAUUACAUGCUACUGAUUGAAUGACCACUGAUUUGACAUUGAGAAGAUGGAGGAAAAGAAUGGAAUGUAUGGAGUCUCACAACUAAUUUCAGUUGGAUUGGUUGUUGAAAUUUCCAAAAUUCCUUCUAUUCCUGCAUUUCUUGCAAUCAGCCAGAGUUUAGUAUCCUAUUAACAACUUAUUGAAUAUUAAUUAUGCUGGUCUGUACCUGUCUUUGACUCAAAACAAGCAGACUUCUGAACUAGAAGAAACUUGUGCUUCCCUUGGUGAGGAGUUUCAGAGAAGGUGCAUGUGUCCCAAUUGUGAGCAAGACAAUGUUGAGGCCUUGGGAGGAAUUCUUUAGGCAAAUGAGGACAAUUGAAUGGUUGGAUGUGAAACAAAUAGGACAAUUACAUUUGAAGUGUUGACCUUCUCAAAUUUGUAUUGUAAGUGGGAAUUUUGAUGGACAUAUCUCUUGCACUUGUUGUAUGGCUGCAAUUGGCUCUAGAAAAUCAAGCUAAAGCCCUGUGACAAAAGGUUGCAUUUUGUCCAAAAGGUGAGACCGAGUAUGUUAAUUGUUUCAAACUGACUUCCUGUUUUGAUGCUUCAAUCAGAUCAGUUCAUCUAAUUUCCCACAAAA